CGACCCGAACGACUUUGAGGCCCUGACACCGGGGCAUUUCCUCAUUCAUCGUCCACUCGUGGCCAUCCCAGAACCAGAUCUGGAUGGCAUUCCGGAAAACCGACUUUCAGCGUGGCAAGCAGUUCAGCACUAUGUGCAAACCCUGUGGAAGACGUGGACAACUCAAUACCUCUCCGAUCUCCACAAUCGGACCAAAUGGACCCAGCAGAAGGACAACAUACGAGUCGGCACGACGGUGGUUCUGAUGUGCGAAAACAUCCCACCACUGAAGUGGCCCCUGGCACGUGUCACCGAGGUGCACCCAGGGCAAGAUGGACGUGUCCGAGUUGUCACAGUGCGGACUAAGGACGGUACAUUCAAGCGAGGCGUAUCUAAGAUCUGCGUCCUCCCAAUACGCGACAACACCGUACCAUCUUCGCAGCAAGGGGAGAACUAGCUUCUCCUCCACCGGCGGAGGCCGGGAGGCCUCCGCACUCCCAGUUAAGUUGUGUAUUAUUUCUCCAUUCAAAAAGCUAACCGAGUUCUUUUUUGCCAGUCGUUCACGCCCACGCCCCUCUGGUCCGUCCAAACCAGACCCGGCGAAGUCACGCAAGUCCAGUUGUCUCGUCCAAAUGAGGUACGAUCGAAUCUUCGACGGCGAGCCGAGACGGAGUGUACAAUCCGUUCUCGAGGUCCGUGCAGCGGUCGUCAGCGAAUCUGAUCAAUUCGCCAGGCGGUCACAACGCAGAACCUACGCAACAGAAGCCAGCAAGUCAACGGUCUACCAGCAGAGCACCCAAGAAGUACGAGUUCCGAACCACAUCAGCAGUAAGCAGAGCGUCGACGUCCGAGGGACGUCCGCGGAGGCCACGGACGGUGGUCUCCGCAAACCAGGCAAGUCGUUUUAUGUUGUGAUUAUAAAGGUAAAAAAGCACCCUCUCAUUUCUCAGAUAGCACGGCACGAAAUGCGCGGACCAGCCCGCGUCACGAACCACGGCACUACGCCCCCGCAAGCAGCACAAGAUCUGAGCCGAGAGCGCAGUGCAACAGUCCGGUUGGAGCAGUCUAACCCCAGCAAGUACACCGCAGCAGUACAACCAGUCCCGAAGUGGUUACACGUCGCAGCACGAGAACGUCAAGAAGAGCAGCUCAAGAAGAAGACAACAACAGCACCGAAUCUCAACAACAGCGCAUACUCCAGAUUACGAUCGUCAAGAUUCAGCAGCAUGAUCAGCAGUCCAAGCAUUGCGGUCAACAGUCGGCGUCGAAGCAUGUAUGAGCACUAG